CCAAGCAUCUACUGCAAGGUGAGCCUGACCCUGCGUGCAAUUUGGACAAGUCAAGCUUGGUAGCUUCCUGGAGCGUGCAUGGUGGAAAGUCCCGCCAGCGUGGACCAUCGUGGCCGCGUGCGACCUUCCUUCUGUUUCCUCCUCGCGGAAGCCAUUACUCGCACCACUCCCGUUCCUCUCCAGCCUCCUUCUGGUCAAUAAAGAUGACUUGACCUCCUGUGCCCCGGAUUCUACAUCCACUGUCGCUCAUUCUUUAUUUUUUCCCCCCAGCAGGCAUCGCAGCUGUGGAGGGGUAAUAUGUGGCCCAAACUUUUCCUUCUCCUGGCGCUGGUGCCGACCUUCGUUCACUCAUUGGCUGCGACGGACGAAAUUCAAGAUGCCGACCCGGCUCAAUCGGGAUACAUGGGUAAUCAUAAUAUGCACCCUGCGACUGUUGGAUCUGCGAUAUUUGGUCAGCUAUGGAAGAACUUUUAUGGGAACAAUAAAGAGAAAUGGUAUGCGAAGCCCUUGGUUUAUACGCCACCUGGAGGAUCACAACUCGUCUUCCUCGCAUCUACGCUGAAUAUUAUUCGAACUGUCGAUGCUGUCAAUGGGACUCUUCUCAAUCAGAGAACUGUUCAACCGCCGUUUCUUCAAAGUGAUAUUGGUUGCACGGACAUCCCAGAUUACAUUGGCAUCGUUGGAACCCCAAUCAUAGAUCCAAACACGAACACUGUCUUUUUCUUCUCAAAAGGUUACAAAAAUGGAGCGUCAAAUGGCGGCGUUGCAAAUGGCAUCUAUCAAUUUUAUGCUGUCGAUAUUCUCACCUUACAAGACAAGCCAGGCUUCCCGAUUUUGGUUGACGGGCGUCCGGCAGAUAAUGAUAAUACUAGAUACUUCAUCGGAGGCACGGUCCUACAGCGGCCAUCCCUCACCCUAAUUAAUGGCUAUGUAGUUGGUGCCUUUGGUGGCCAUUGUGAUCUCUUCAACUAUACUGGAAUGCUGGUUUCCAUCAGCACGCUACCUUGGGUUGGAGUCGCCUCCAUUUAUGCUAUGGAAGCGAGUCCUGGAGCCCCACCGGUUCAACCUGACAUCAUGGUUCAGAAGGGCGGCAAAGCGGGGAUCUGGGCAAGUGGAAUGGGUAUUGCAACUGACAGUGGUCGGAUCUACAUUGCUACAGGAAACGGAAUUGGUCACGCCAACGGCGAUGUGGCAGCCUCCGGGAGAACUCCUCUUUCUACCCUUGACGAGGUAGUAGGAAACUUUGCAGUCUCUUCUAACGGGAAGAUUACUUUGUCCGAUUACUUUGAGCCGUACGAGUAUGUAUCUAUGGAUGCUGGAGAUCGAGACUUGGGAUCCGCUGGUGUGAUGCUUCUCGACCCUACAACGUUUAGUGGAGCAGGAAUCUCGAGAAUGGCAGUUACCAUCGGGAAAAAUGGCAAAGCUUAUGUCUUGGAUGCCAACAACCUUGGAGGCUUCAAACAGGGUUCUGGAGGAACUGACAACGUUAUUCAAACCAUCAUUAGUGCCGGAGCCGUCUUCGGCGGCCCAGGGUCCUAUCCUCUGGAAGGAGGCUACAUCUACUUUACCCCUGUUGGGUAUCCCACGGUGGCCUACAAGAUGGGUUUGGAUUCAGCGGGAAAGCCAGUCUUCACCCAAGUCGGCGCGACGGCAGCUAAUGCUGCUGGGCGAGUUGGUAUUGGGAUUCCAACGGUCACGACUUACAAAGAUCAACCGGGCACUGGAAUCCUCUGGAUCUCCGAUCCUUCUGCAGGCCUCCAAGCAUUUAAUGCUGUGCCAGUCAAUGGGGUGUUAACCCAGAUUAAUAUACCGGCAACCGGAGGCUUGAACAAAUUCCAGCGACCAGCGUUUGGAGACGCAAGACUCUACACUUCAGAUUCUAACGGCCACGUCAUAUGCCUUGGAUCCCCUGUUGCCCUACCCCUUAAUUGUUCCACGCCUGUUGAUUUCGGAGAUGUCUCCAUUGGCAGUACUGCCACGAGAACCAUCAACUGCACUGCGUUGAUCGCAAUUAGCUCCAUCAAUGGCUGCACCACCGGCAAAAAGGAAUUCCAAUGCUCAAACGCAACACUUCCGAAGGGAGCUCUCUCGGCAGGACAAACCUUCUCCUUUCCAGUGACGUGGAACCUUACCCAGGCUGCUAUCAACGAUGCCCAGAACGCUUCCUAUGGCAUAGUACUUCCCGGUGUCGCGGGUACCAACCUCGAUAUCUACACAACAAAUGUCCCUGCCAAGUACAGCAACGACCUCCCCAUCUCACUGACCGGAAACACUGUCUCCCAGGACCCAUUCCUCACCAUCAACCCGCCAGAAGUGGACUUCGGAGGUAUCGUCGUCGGUUCACAGGCUUCCCAAUCCGGACUAGAUGCAGCAGUGAUCCUAUCCAAUGUCGGUGCUCAGAGCUUGAAAUUCUUAGGCUCAGCAUGGACAGGCAGUAUCAUGCCAGGCGACGGCCCAAUCGUAUGGAACAAUAUCACAAACGGCUACCUCGGCAACGGCUUCAGCUCUAGCUCACUCCCUAACGUCGGCGACAUCCUGGCUACGGGAGCAUCAAUUUCCGUCCCGCUGAACUUUCUUGUAUCUUCAACAGGCGCAUACACUACGUUCGUUCAAUUCUGGACGACAGGAGGAAAUAAAAACGUCCUCUUAACGGGCUCCGCAUCCACUGCCCCCAUUGCCAACAUUUCAGUCUCUACUGUCGAAGGCGGAUGGGAUUACUCCAAUCCUGUUGUUAUGGAUUUCGGGAAUGCUGCAGCGGGGAGUACCACUUCGAGAUAUAUUCAGAUUUGCAAUUCUGGAGGGUCGAGUCUGACGAUCACGAAGAGCAAACCGCCUAUUCAGCAGGAGUUGCUAGCGCCUAAUUCGAAUACGGAUUUGCACGAGGGGCAGGUGGUUCCGAUUAAUUCUUGUGCUAAGGGACAGGUGAGUAUUGUUGCUGCUCCUCUCGGUGUUAAUCGUCUCGAUCAUUCGGUGAGCGACGUGUGGAUCUUGAAUACGGACGAUGUCACAUUUGGCGUCCACGAUGUUGCGGUCCAAGCAAACAUUGUGACUCGACAAGUUGGACCUUUGCUCGCCAACGGCUCCGCAGAGUAUCUUUACCUUGGAUGCUAUUCUGAUGGCAGUGGACGGCAGCUGCAGAAGCAGUACAACAUCGCGAGUAACGAGAAUGGGGUUUGUCAGACAACUUGCUUUAAUGCAGGCUAUAAGUUUGCUGGAACGGAGUAUCAUACCGAGUGUUGGUGUGGCAACAAACCGCCAGCAGCUUCAAGAUAUACCGCCGACUCGUUGAAGAAAUGUGCUUUCAGCUGCCCAGGCGAUACCUCGCAGGCUUGCGGCGGCGAUGGUACUUAUAUCUCCGUAUAUUACGAUCGCACGAAGUAUACCCCAGGUCUCGACUCGAUUCCUCCCCCUGUUUCAUCAAGCUCCAGUGUCUUGACCUCCACCUCGACGAGCAUCUCCUCUGCCUCCUUGCCGACUGUCUCUACAUCCUCUUCAACAGACCUUCCUGUUUCACCAGGCUCCAGUGUCUCAUCCUCCGCCUCCUCGUCGGCUGUCUUUACACCCUCUUCAACAGACCUUACAUCUUCCUCCUCGUCAGCGGUCUCUCCAUUCUCGUCUUCAAUCAGCUCAAUCCCAACCACUUCGUCUUCGACGUUUUCAAUCGUGCCUGGGACGAGCACAACGCCUACUAGCGCAAGCACAGCCCCCAAGCCGACAGGACCUACGAACCUGCCUACCAUCGGCGCAUAUUCUUAUAUCGGCUGUUACACCGAAGCUACAACUGGCCGUGCCCUGACUGGUAAAGCGUACUACAAUAAUAGCAUGACGAUUGAAAUGUGCUAUGCUCAGUGUACUGGAUUUGCUUGGUUUGGGCUAGAGUAUCGUAGAGAAUGUUUUUGUGGGAAUAGCCUGCAGACAGGAAGUGCAGUGAGUACGAGUGGGAAUACUUGUUCGUUGACGUGUCUGGGAGACGGGACCGAAUUGUGUGGUGGUUCAUCGAGAUUGUCAAUGUACAAUAAUCUUUCCCCAGUUGGCGGAUCAAGCUUGAGUAGUUCGGUGAGCAGCACAACCUCGCCAUCGAGCUCUAGCUCUUCGAGUGUGCCGCCGUCGACAAUCGCUUCUCAGUCUCCAAGCGAGUCAAACCCAACAAGCACAACCUCCUCGACACAAUCCUCAACAACCUCAAUACCAGCCGUAACUUCUACCUCUACGACCCUCGCAACAACAACCAAACCCACCUCUACAGCCACUGUAGUCAGAGGCUUCUCACCCGCCGGCUGCUUCGCCGACCCCGCCGGCGGACCAUACACAGGGCACAACCUCCCGAAGCUCUUCAGCAACGACAGCAUGACACCCGAUCUCUGCAUUUCCUCCGCUCUGGCCCGUCUCUCCGCCACACCAGCAACAACAUACGCCUACGUCGGCCUCGAAUAUGGACGAGAAUGUUAUGCGGGGAGUGUGGCGCCGACGCCUGAACCGACGAGUUUGGCGGGGACAAAGGUGUGUACGAUGACUUGUAAGGGGGAUGCGAAGCAGAGUUGUGGAGGGCCGAAUAUGUAUAAUUUGUGGGUUGCGACGACAGCGACGAUUACGGGGACCGCGAGUAGUCAGUGGCAGAGUGCACCGGCAGUUAGUACUGUUGCUUGAGUGAAUGGCGGAUCUGGUUUGGAUCAUAUUUGGAAAAGGGUGGAUUAGAAAAAUGGCGUUACCAGACAGUACA